GUCACACACAGAGAGAGAGAGAGAGGCAGAGACACAGGUAGAGGGAGAAGCAGGCUCCAUGCACCGGGAGCCCUACGUGGGAUUCGAUCCUGACGUGGGAUUGGAUCGAGCCCUGGGCCAAAGGCAGGCGCCAAACCGCUGCGCCACCCAGGGAUCCCUACUUUUACGUUCUGUUUUUUCCUUUGGACCAUGAGUUCAUUGGGGGCAGUAACUGUGUCUUACUGGUAUUUGUAACAAUGCUUUAUCUAUAGUAGGCAUUUUAGUUUGUUUUUUUUCAGUGAAAAUGUGGACUUUCACUACUAGAUCCGAAGUAGGAUUUUAUCAUAUUCGUGUAAUCUCCAGUGUUUUCUGAAGCGCUAGCUCAGUGGUUCUUAGCUUUAGCUGCACUUUAGAAUCACUUGAAGAUCUUUGUAAACUCUCGUUCCUCAGACUGGACUCCAGGUAUCAAUAUGCCCAAAGCUCUUCGGGUGAUUCCGACAUGCAGCCAAGGAUGAGAAUCCCUACGAUGUCUCCGACUAGGGCCCUUCCAGCAGUAGCAGGAAGACAGGCUGGAGUGCGCUCACACUGUCCGGAGUCUGUCCAGGUGAACACACGUGUAUCCUGGGCGCUCCUCUUCCCGCACAAAAAUGUGCGCAUACCGUGUCUCAGGCCCAGCCUCGUCCUCAAAACCAAAAUCUGUGUGUCUCCAGCCCAAAUUUCAGAACCAAGUCCCCGAAAGUGUACAAGCUGAAGCAGAAACAAGCCUCUUUGAAGCGCCAGGGGACUCGUCCUCGGUCUUCCGGGCGGUGAAAACCAAGGCUAGGGACCGGCCCCAUAGGUCAGACACAUUUCCUUCCGACGGCCCUUCCAUCGGAGGCCUGGAGGGGACGUGACAUCACACGUAGGCGGUACACCCAGGGUCCCAUAAAUCUCCCAGGCAUCAAACGUUCCCUCGCCCAGCUACAGCAACUGGGACACCACCACCGACCAGGUCUAAAGCGGACUCUUUCCCAGGAGCGUGCGCUUGCGCAGAACUUCUUACGUCAUAUUGGAGCGCGCCGACCGCUAAGACUUCUGGGGAAUGGAGUCCCUGUGAGAAGGCCAAACAUUGGGAGCGCGGACGUCAGAGCCUGUGCGCAGGCGCAUUGCUUUCCCGACCUGAAGAGGCGCCGUCUUCCUGGGUCCCGAGCACUCUGUGCCGGAGGACUCUGCCCUUUUCUACAAGGAGAGCACGUAGGAGGGAAUGGCUGCUGUGUCUCCGACUGCCAGAUUCCAGGAAUCAGUGACAUUUGAGGAUGUGGCCGUGAUUUUUACAGAUGAAGAGUGGAGGCAUCUGGUCCCUAUUCAGAGGGACCUCUACAAGGAGGUGAUGCUGGAAAACUAUAAGAGCAUUGUCUCAUUGGGACUUCCAGUUCCUUGUCCUGAAGUCAUUUUUCAGUUGAAGAGAGGGGAUGAGCCUUGGAUAGUUGAUCUUCAUGGAUCCGAGGAGAGAGAAUGUCCAGAGAAUAUCUCUCUAGUAUUUUCUAGCCCAGGAGAGAAACUACAUCUAUAUUUUCUGUCCGUUCCAGACUGGGAGACUAAGCCUGAGAUUCACGGUACUUCAGAUAAAGAAAAAUCAGAAGGCACAGUGAGGGGGAAGCUUGAAGGAGAAGUUCCUGUGUGCCCUAAAUUUGAAGUUCAUGCACUAGAGAGUGAGUCAGAAGCAGGGAAGGAGAGCUCUGCAGUGCAGACUUGCAAGAAGUCCCUUUCCCAGAAGGAAAACUUGCAACAAGAGUCCACCCCUCUCAAGAAAAGUCUUACUAAAGGGAGAGACCAGGAAUGCAGCAACUGUGGGAAGACCUUUUUUGACCACUCAUCCCUUAUCCGCCACCAGAGGACUCACACAGGUGAGAAGCCCUAUGACUGUCAUGAGUGUGGGAAAGCCUUCAGUCACAGGAGCAGUCUCAGUAGACAUCUGAUGUCACACACUGGGGAGAGCCCCUAUGAAUGCAACGCAUGUGGGAAGGCUUUUUUCGACCGGUCGUCCCUAACUGUCCAUCAGCGAAUUCAUACCGGAGAGAAGCCCUUUAAAUGCAGUGAAUGUGGAAAAGCCUUCUUUGACCGUUCGUCCCUUACUCGACACCAGAGAAUCCACACUGGGGAAAGCCCUUACGAAUGUAAUCAAUGUGGGAAAGCCUUUAGCCAGAAAAGUAUUCUUACUCGCCAUCAGCUCAUCCACACUGGCAGGAAGCCUUAUGAAUGUAAUGAGUGUGGGAAAGCCUUCUAUGGUGUCUCAUCACUGAAUAGGCAUCAGAAAGCUCACACUGGAGAGCCUCGCUAUCAGUGCAGUGAGUGUGGGAAAGCUUUCUUUGACCGCUCAUCCCUUACACAGCAUCAGAAGAUUCACACUGGAGACAAGCCAUAUGAGUGCACCGAAUGUGGAAAAGCCUUUAGCCAGAGAUGCCGGCUUACACGACAUCAGAGAGUGCAUACGGGAGAGAAACCCUUUGAAUGCAGCGUGUGUGGGAAAGUGUUCAGUUCUAAAUCGUCCGUUAUUCAACAUCAACGGCGUUAUGCCAAACAAGGAAUAGACUGAGUGGGGCGAAACCUUUAGUCAAAGGACCUCCAUAGAAACUCAAGAUAGGUCUUCCCCAUCAUAAGCAAAUCCAUCAUGUGAGCAUUCUUCCUAUUCUGGCUUCUACUCUCCUUUUGCAUUUCUGCUACCACAAUGUGAAUAAACGUUCUCCACCUACCAUGUUAUAGAACUGAUGUGGGAUGCCAGAAAUUAGGAUGUGACUCUGAGGGGUCGACACUUUGCAGAAGUUUGUCAGACAACAAGAUAAACAGUAGGAGGUGAUCCUCAGACAUGCCUCUUGUCUGAGGCCCGAGAUACCAUUGCACUUUAAUAACUGGAGGCUCGAAGAGGAGGGAAGGCAAAAUUAGAGCAGCACUAUUGUUUCCAGAAAAGUUCUUUUUAUAGCUGCAUCCCUUUUUCCAGGGGCUUUUUUGGGCACCAACCUUGUUCUUUGUGUCCCACCUUUUAGGUCCCUACUACUACUACUACUACUACUACUACUACUACUAGCUAACUAGCACUUAUUGAGCGCUUAUUAUGGGGUAAGCACUCAGCAGAGAGUUUGGCAAAGAAUAGAUUGUUUGGUUCUCUCACCAACCCUAUGAAGUAGAAGUACGUACUGUUACCAUCCUUGUUUUACAGACGAGCAAACUGAAGUUUAGAUGUAUUAAAUAAUCUGCCCAAAGUGACACAGCUAGUAAAAGGUGAAGCCAAUCCUUGAAUACAAGUCUACCUUCAAAGUCUUUUCUCUUAACCUUUAUGCUGUAUGAUUUGUUUAAUAAUUUAUGUACAUGUAUGAUCUCCUCAACUAGAUUGUAAGAACUCGGAGGCAUGACUUAUGUGUCUUUGUAGCUCACACAGUGCCUUGCACAUAAUAGGUGCUCAAUAAAUAUUUAUCUGCAUUCAUGACUUUUCUACCUAACAAGCUCUCUUUAUAUAAAACACCUUUUAGAUGUAUAUCCUUUCUCUGAAUUUGCAGUCUAGCCUACACCUUUAUCCUCUCAGGCUCCCAUUACUGUGACAGUCAUUUCCUUUUUUUUUUUUUUUUUUUAAGAUUUUAUUUAUUCAUGAGAGACACAGAGAGUCAGAGACACAGGCAGAGGGAGGAGCAGGCUCCAUGCAGGGAGCCAGAUGUGGGACUCGAUCCCAGGUCUCCAGGAUCAGGCCCUGGGCUGAAGGCGCUGCUAAACCACUGAGGCACUGGGCUGCCGGUGACAGUUAUUUCCUAAUUGGAAUUCGUCCCUCUUCAUUAUUGAAUAGGGGUAUGCUAAGCUACAGUGCCAUAAUAAGUAACCCCCCAACUGAAGAUUCAUGUCUCCCAUAAAAUCUGAUGUGAGUCAAUCUAUCGUACUCCAUCCUUAUCAUUUAGAACAUGUUGCCUCUAAGGUUAUCAUGAAAGAGAAAGCUAGAAGAUAUUUUAGGAUAUUUUUAAGGGCCAUCAUGUCUGUCCACAUCUCACAAACCAGAACCCAGCACCAGAGGCUAGGAAAGCAAACAAGCAAUAUUUGGUUAACAUCAACAACUCUGUCACAAAUUACAUUUUGCACAUUACUAACAUUUUGCACAUUACUGUUAGACCAGUCUUUCUAAAUAAUCCCUUCCUGCUCAUCAUUGCCUUACCCAAGACCUAAAAUAGCUCCCUAUUUAAUGAAAGCUUCUCUGAAUAUUUCAGGUCUGCCUUGAUGUGAUUCCAUCUCAUUGAACUUUUAAGUUCUGACCUUCAAACCUCUUCUAUACCCUGGGCCCAGCCCUAUGUUUUUAUUUUAUUAAAGGUCAGGCACUAGGCACCUUUGACUCUAGGCAUCUGCAUUCCCUACCUAGUUGCUUGAGGUGAAGCCUGGAAGAGGACGAUUCUGAAAGGCUGUCUGGAACUUAGCUCACCCUGCAUGAAUCCCAGUGGACCAAGAUGCAUUUCUCCUGGGAGUUAAGAGUCAGAUUCAAGGAGCUGGAUUGCCAAACAGACCUCUCCCCAGCCUACUAACGACUUUUCUUAAAGCAGAUGAGUGGCAGGGAAGACUUUUCACAUGUGGACUCUUGAAGCAACUUGAGGAAAAACACUUCAGAAAGUGCAGAAUCUAUCAGAGUGGAUAAUAUCUGGUCUUAUUUAAUAAGUUAAGUAGGAAAUAAAAGGGACUAUGACAAA